AUGGCAAAAGUUAACGCAGUUGGAAUCGAUCUUGGCACCACAUACUCCUGUGUCGGAGUGUUCAUGCACGGGAAGGUCGAGAUCAUUGCCAAUGACCAGGGUAACAGAACCACUCCCUCGUAUGUCGCCUUUACCGACACCGAGCGUCUAAUCGGAGAUGCCGCCAAGAAUCAGGUCGCCAUGAACCCUCAAAACACCGUAUUUGGUAAGCUUUUGACUGAGUAUUAUUUUUAUGGCGAUUUAAAAGUACUUUAUAUAAGAUGUCUUUUACAGAUGCCAAGCGUUUGAUUGGCCGCAAAUUCGAUGAACCCACAGUUCAAGCCGACAUGAAGCACUGGCCAUUCAAGGUCGUCCAGGCCGAAGGUGGACGUCCUAAGGUUCAGGUCGAAUACAAAGGAGAGACCAAGAGCUUCUUCCCUGAAGAGAUCUCAUCUAUGGUUCUUAUCAAGAUGAAGGAAACCGCCGAAGCCUUCCUCGGAUCUGAAGUCAAGGAUGCCGUUGUUACCGUCCCAGCCUACUUCAACGACUCUCAGCGUCAGGCUACGAAAGACGCCGGGGCUAUUGCUGGUUUGAAUGUUCUUCGAAUCAUCAAUGAGCCCACCGCCGCUGCCAUCGCUUACGGUCUUGACAAGAAGGGAGGAGUUGAACGCAAUGUCCUCAUCUUCGAUCUUGGAGGUGGUACUUUCGAUGUGUCCAUCUUGACCAUCGACGAUGGUAUCUUCGAGGUUAAGUCGACAGCCGGAGACACUCACUUGGGAGGUGAAGAUUUCGAUAAUCGAAUGGUCAACCAUUUCGUCCAGGAAUUCAAGAGAAAGCACAAGAAGGACUUGGCCACCAAUCCUCGUGCUCUUCGUCGACUUCGUACUGCUUGUGAGCGCGCUAAGAGAACUCUCUCCAGCUCCACCCAAGCUAGGUGAGUUGAAAGUUAUUGUGAAAACUUUUUUUUAGCAUUGAAAUCGACUCUCUGUUCGAUGGAAUUGACUUCUACACCAACAUCACUCGUGCUAGAUUCGAAGAACUCUGUGCUGAUCUCUUCCGUAAUACCAUGGACCCCGUCGAGAAGGCCCUCCGCGACGCCAAGAUGGACAAAUCUCAAGUCAACGAUAUUGUCUUGGUUGGUGGAUCCACGCGUAUCCCCAAGGUCCAGAAGCUUCUUUCGGACUUCUUCUCCGGCAAAGAACUCAACAAGUCCAUCAACCCUGAUGAGGCUGUUGCUUAUGGGGCUGCUGUACAGGCUGCCAUUCUCUGUGGUGACAAAUCUGAGAAGGUUCAGGAUCUCCUUUUGCUCGAUGUUGCCCCUCUGUCGUUGGGUAUUGAGACCGCCGGUGGUGUGAUGACCUCCUUGAUCAAGAGAAACACUACCAUUCCCACCAAGACCUCCCAGACUUUCACUACUUACUCCGACAACCAACCCGGUGUUUUGAUCCAGGUCUACGAAGGAGAACGGGCCAUGACCAAGGACAACAACUUGUUGGGUAAAUUCGAACUCUCCGGUAUUCCUCCAGCUCCCCGUGGAGUGCCUCAAAUUGAGGUCACCUUUGACAUUGAUGCCAACGGUAUCUUGAAUGUAUCUGCUCAGGACAAGUCGACUGGCAAGGAAAACAAGAUCACCAUCACCAACGACAAGGGACGUCUUUCCAAGGAAGAAAUUGAGAGGAUGGUCCAAGAAGCCGAGAAAUACAAGGCUGAGGAUGAAGGCCAAAGAGAUCGUGUUGCCGCUAAGAACAACCUCGAGUCAUACUGUUUCAACAUGAAGCAAACUGUCGAAGAUGAGAAAGUAAGUUGCCAGUGUCAAAUGUAGGAUAUUGUUUUGUUUCAGCUCAAGGACAAGCUUAGCGAGGCCGACAAGAAGACCAUAUUGGAUAAGUGCAAUGAGGCUAUCGCGUGGCUUGACAGCAACCAGACCGCUGAAAAGGAAGAGUUCGAACACCACCUCAAGGAAGUUGAAGGAGCUUGCUCUCCAAUCAUCACCAAACUUUACCAGUCUGCCGGUGGCGCUCCAGGUGGUCCAGCCCCGGGAGCCGCACCAGGUGGCGGUUCUGCUGGUGGCCCAACCAUUGAGGAAGUCGACUAA